CGAAGAGAUAGACGCUCGGAUACACAACAGUGCUAUGGAGGUAGAUUGGCCCCCCUCUCAAGAGACGUCAGUCCAGUAGACGGCCGUAUGGCUUCUCUCACAUCGCCGCAUACAUCGUACAUCGAAGGCAAAUCAGCACCCACGACACCGAGCAUCCUCGGCCGCAGCUCCAGUCGACGCCAAUUGGGCGGCGCUGGCCUGAGUCGGAAACUGUCCAUCUACGACGCCGAAUAUGCCCCUGUGCACGUCACAACUCAAGGGCUCCCUCGCAGUGCCUUACGUCCAGAUGCAGGAGAUCACAUCAUGCCCAAGGCGAAGAGCGAGGCUGCCUUGAACACUCGACCUACCCGUGCUGCUCUACCUAAACUUCGCACGCCUCUGCUCCACCCCAAUUCAACCAUCUACGCCGUCAAGCCGCAGGACAAACAGAAUGACGACGACUGGAUUACACGCGCUGGUCUGGCCACAACGUCUAUGCUACGAGAGUCUAAGGGACAAUCGUGGCUGACUUCACGCCAUUCAUCUACAUCGUUACAACUCGCACAAUCUUCAGACGACGAAGGAGAUGCUCUGGUCAGCAAGAGUGCCAUUUCUCUACAACGACUACACUUCGCGGAUGAUGAAUUCAGUCCGGAAACACCAAGGGCAACCAGCAGAUGGGGCAGUAGGUUCGGCAGCCGUGCAGCUAGCGCUCGCAACAGUCGUCGUGGCAGCAGAGCCAAUCUGGAGUCGCCGGACCUCCAUCGCGAUCCUUCUGACUACUUCGGCGAUGCCGUGAUGGAACCAGAGAUGUCUGUCAGACCUGAUUUUGUGGAUCCGAGAGAUCAUUCUGACGAUGAAGAUCCUGAACAAGAGGUUGCUAGAUUGGCUAGAGAGGCUUCGUUUGGCUUUGGGCCUUUGAUUGAUCGUCUGAUUGGUUGGACUUUGUUUGAUGUGACGGAGGAUAGAGAGGCUACUGAUGUGGAAACUGAAACUGAGGAUGAGACUCCGACUUUGCGUGAGAGAGUGGUGCGUACGCCCGUAGUACAGCCCGCGUCACCACCUCGACCGAGGCAAGCUGUUGCUGGAGCAGAUCGGCAAGGCAAUGGCGAAGAUGGUGGUUGGCAGGACGCAGCGUGGUUGCUUGGUGUCGCCUCGAAGGUUUUGCUUUGAUGACUGGGUUCAUUGAUCUCAUUAAACGACUGACGAAUGCACUAAUUAUGUCUUUUCUUUCUUCAUCCAGUGACACUUUCUCAAUUGUCCGCUCCUCCCUCGAUCUCGACUCCUGCAAUCCGGCCUUCGAGGAACUCUGUCGCCAUAUCACCCAACGGCAUCCACUCAACACCUUCAUGCUUGUUGAUGUAUUCGAUAAUGCUGAAAGUAGGUUAGCGAGUAUCUGCCUGCGAGGUCACAAGUACAUACCGUUCAUGCAUCUUGAUAACAUGCGGCUUUCCACUAACUUGUGGAUGAAUCGACAUGGGAAAGAUGAAGGUAUCAUAUUCUUCAUAUGCAUAGUCGAACUGCUCAAGCCACAGUUUCUCAAGCUCAUGUGUACUGAUAAAUCCGUGCUGUGCUGUCUAUCAGUUUCUCGGAUCUCUGUCAAACACCGACAAGGAAGGGACUACUCACUGUACCAGCUCUUCCCGGCAUAGGUUGCAAAGGCGGCC